CACAAUAUCUCGUGGGCAGAGGUGCGUUGCAUUAUGCAGCGAUGGGGCCCGAGCCAUGAGUGGCAGCAAGACUGGACUGUUUGCGCAUGUAAGGAGGGUGGCUCCGGGGGUAAUUUGGACACACUGCCUGAUUCAUAGAGAGGCUCUCGCCUCCAAAGAUCUCAGUGUUGAGCUCAGUGGUGUGUUUGAUGUCGUUGUCAAGACGGUCAACUUCAUAAAACGAAACGCAUUGAAUACACGCCUGUUUUCAUCCCUAUGCCAUGACUUGGGAAGUGAACACAGCUCUCUCCUUUAUCAUUCAGAGGUGCGUUGGCUGUCUCGCGGCGCUGUGCUCGCCCGUGUGUUUGAACUACGCGGAGCUAUCUACGAGUUCUUGUGCGAGAAGCAUUCUGAUCUGGCUUCCAAUUUCAACGAUAGUUACUGGUUAACUAAGCUGGCGUACCUCACAGAUGUUUUUGCAGAGCUGAACAAGUUGAACAGCUCCAUGCAAGGGAGAGAAGCAAACGUCAUGCAGCUCUACGAGAAGCUCGACGCAUUUGUGAAAAAAAUGUCAAAGUGGAUCGAACGAGUGGAGAGCAAUAACUUGGCGAUGUUUCCUUCAGUUGAGGAAUACCCUGACAGCACUGACAUCAACGACACUAUAUGUGAGCAUUUGAGGAAGCUUGUGCGUCAAUUCGCAAAGUACUUCACUGAUUCGGAAGAGUGGCGCCGUGACAGCAAGUGGAUCCUGCUCCCAUUCAGUGACGAUGCAUCAGUAGGGUCAAGUCUGACGGCUGUGGAAGAGGAUAAGCUGAUUGAGAUGUCCACAGACUCUGUCAGGAGGCAUAUGUACGACACACAGCCCCUUGUUAAAUUCUGGAUAAGUUGCCAGACAGAAUUUCCACAGCUUGCUGCAAAAGCAAUGAGGUGUCUUUUGCCCUUUCCAACCACAUACCUGUGUGAGAGUGGUUUUUCUACACUGGCGUACUUAAAGAAUAAGUACAGGGCUAGGCUUGAUCCAGAGAAUGACAUGAGACUGUCUCUGUCUACCAUUUCGCCACGAAUAGACAGGCUGUGUGGACUUCACCACGCCCAGAUAUCACACUGACAGCAGGUGAUUGGUGACAGGUCUGUCCUGGCUGGGUUAUAAAAGCCCUGACCAGCCAGCAGUUGAGGCUGCCUUGGUCUUCAUUUGUUGGAUUUUGGUUCUCCGGUGUUGUUGGAUUUUUGUUCUCCGUUGUUGUUUUGUCACACACCUAGACUGACUUUGCAUGACAUUUUUAGUUACUUUUCCCAAUACUGAAUUGCACAACACUUUAUUAUUCUUUAUUCUUUCUUUAAAAUAAUCUUUAAUUUAAUUUAAUUUAAUAAAUCUACUUUUAUUAUUAUAAAAUCUGCGUGGCCUCUCUUUCAUGUUUCA